AUGGCCCACAGCGCGAGCGCCGCCGCCGCCGCCGCCGCCGCCGGCAGUAACGCCAAGAGCGGCGGCUCCGAGGCGGCUCUCAAGGAGGGUGCAAGCGCCGCCGCGCUGUCCUCCUCCUCCUCCUCGGCGGCGGCGGCGGCGGCGGCGGCGGCGGCAGCGGCGGCGUGCUCUUCCUCCGCCUCGGCCCCGGGCUCGGCCAUGGAGACGGGGCUACUCCCCAACCACAAACUGAAAGCCGUUGGCGAGGCCCCCGCUGCACCGCCCCACCAGCAGCACCACCACCACCACCACCAUGCCCACCACCACCACCACCAGCACCACCACCAUGCCCACCACCUCCAGCACCACCACGCGCUCCAGCAGCAGCUGAACCAGCAGCAGCAGCAGCCGCAUCCCCUUUCCAACAGCAGCAGCCUCGGCGGCCACCACGGCGCGGGCGGCGGCGGCGCGGCUCAGCCCGCUCCCGACAUGGAGCAGCCCCAACAUGGAGGCGGCGGCGGCGGCGGCAAGGACAGCGGCGCGGGCAGCCAGGCCGAGCCCCCGGGCCAGCCUCUGCUGAUUCAGGCCUCCAGCCGGCUGCCGGCAGCUCGGUCCAUCGCAGAGGUGCCUCUGCCGACAGAUCUCCCCGGGGCAAAGCCGUACCCGAUGGCUCGUCCACGAGACCAGGGCAGUCCGAUGGACCCGAUGGUGAUGAAGAGACCGCAGCUGUAUGGCAUGGGCAGUAGCCCCCACCCGCAGCCUCAGCAGAGCAGCCCCUACCCUGGCGGGUCCUACGGCCCUCCCGGACCCCAGCGGUACCCCAUUGGCAUCCAAGGCCGCACCCCUGGGGCCAUGGCCGGAAUGCAGUACCCUCAGCAGCAGAUGCCACCUCAGUAUGGACAGCAAGGUGUGAGUGGUUACUGCCAGCAGGGCCAGCAGCCAUAUUUCAACCAGCAGCCGCAGCCUCCACACCUCCCACCGCAGGCACAGUAUCUGCCACCCCAGUCCCAGCAGAGGUACCAGCCACAGCAGGACAUGUCUCAGGAAGGCUACGGAAGUAGGUCUCAACCUCCUCUGGCCCCCGGAAAACCUAACCACGAAGACUUGAACCUAAUACAACAAGAAAGACCGUCAAGCUUACCAGACCUGUCCGGCUCCAUUGAUGACCUCCCCACAGGAACCGAAGCAACUUUGAGCUCGGCAGUUAGUGCAUCCGGGUCCACGAGCAGCCAAGGGGAUCAGAGCAACCCGGCGCAGUCGCCCUUCUCCCCACACGCGUCCCCACACCUCUCCAGCAUCCCAGGGGGCCCGUCACCUUCUCCUGUCGGCUCUCCCGUCGGGAGCAACCAGUCACGGUCUGGCCCAAUCUCUCCUGCAAGUGUUCCAGGCAGUCAGAUGCCACCGCAGCCUCCCGGCAGCCAGUCAGAGUCCAGCGUCCACCCUGCCCUGAGCCAGUCUCCAAUGCCGCAGGAAAGAGGCUACAUGGCAGGCUCACAAAGAAACCCUCAGAUGGCCCAGUAUGGACCUCAGCAGACAGGACCAUCCAUGUCGCCGCACCCUUCUCCUGGGGGCCAGGUGCACCCUGGCAUCACUAGCUUUCAGCAGAGCAACUCCAGUGGGGCGUACGGUCCACAGAUGAGCCAGUACGGACCACAAGGUAACUACUCCAGACCCCCCACGUAUAGCGGGGUGCCCAGUGCGAGCUACAGCGGCCCAGGGCCCGGCCUGGGCAUCAGUGCCAACAGCCAGAUGCAUGGACAAGGGCCCAGCCAGCCAUGUGGUGCUAUGCCCCUGGGACGGAUGCCAUCGGCCGGGAUGCAGAGCAGACCGUUCCCUGGAAACCUGAGCAGCAUGACCCCCAGCUCUCCCGGCAUGCCUCAGCAGGGAGGGCCAGGAAUGGGGCCGCCCAUGCCCACUGUGAACCGUAAGGCACAGGAGGCAGCCGCGGCAGUGAUGCAGGCUGCUGCAAACUCAGCACAAAGCAGGCAGGGCAGCUUUCCCGGCAUGAAUCAGAGUGGACUGAUGGCUUCCAGCUCUCCCUACAGCCAGCCAAUGAACAACAGCUCGGGACUGCUGAACACCCAAGCCCCGCCCUACAGCAUGGCGCCCAACAUGGUGAACAGUUCCACAGCAUCUAUGGGUCUUGCAGAUAUGAUGUCUCCUGGUGAGUCCAAAUUGCCCCUCAAAGCCGACGGCAAAGAAGAAGGCCCCCCGCAGCCCGAGAGCAAGUCAAAGAAGUCCAGCUCGUCCACCACCACUGGGGAAAAGAUCACAAAAGUGUAUGAGCUGGGGAACGAGCCGGAGAGGAAGCUGUGGGUGGACCGGUACCUCAGCUUCAUGGAGGAAAGAGGCUCCCCCGUCUCCAGUCUGCCUGCGGUGGGCAAGAAGCCCCUGGAUUUGUUCCGGCUCUAUGUAUGCGUCAAAGAGAUUGGAGGCCUGGCCCAGGUUAAUAAAAAUAAGAAGUGGCGGGAGCUGGCGACCAACCUCAACGUUGGCACGUCCAGCAGCGCGGCCAGCUCCCUGAAGAAGCAGUACAUCCAGUACCUGUUCGCCUUCGAGUGCAAGAUCGAGCGAGGGGAGGAGCCCCCGCCCGAGGUCUUCGGCACCGGGGACACCAAGAAGCAGCCCAAGCUGCAGCCGCCCUCUCCUGCUAACUCAGGAUCCUUGCAAGGUCCACAGACCCCGCAAUCAACCGGCAGUAACUCGAUGGCAGAGGUUCCAGGGGACCUGAAGCCACCGACGCCCGCCUCCACCCCCCAUGGACAGAUGACCCCAAUGCAAGGUGGAAGAAGCAGUACAAUCAGUGUGCACGACCCCUUCUCAGACGUGAGUGACUCGUCGUUCCCAAAACGGAACUCCAUGACUCCGAACGCCCCAUACCAGCAGGGCCUGAGCGCGCCAGACAUGAUGGGAAGGAUGCCCUACGAGCCCAACAAGGAUCCCUUUGGGGGAAUGAGAAAAGUGCCUGGGAGUAGUGAGCCCUUUAUGACGCAAGGACAGAUGCCCAACAGCAGCGUGCAGGACAUGUACAACCAGAGUCCAUCUGGAGCGGUGUCCAACCUGGGCAUGGGCCAGCGGCAGCAGUUCCCCUACGGAGCCAGUUACGACCGGAGGCAUGAACCCUAUGGGCAGCAGUAUCCAGGCCAAGGCCCUCCCUCAGGACAACCCCCAUAUGGAGGCCACCAGCCCGGACUGUACGCACAGCAGCCGAACUACAAACGCCAUAUGGACGGCAUGUAUGGGCCCCCCACGAAGCGCCACGAGGGAGACAUGUACAGCGUGCAGUAUGGCGGCCAGCAGCAGGAGAUGUACAGCCAGUACGCGGGCACCUUCUCGGGGCCGGACCGGCGGCCCCUGCAGGGCCAGUACCCGUACCCCUACAACCGAGAGCGGCUGCAGGGCCCCAGCCAGAUGCAGCCGCAUGGCCUCCCGCCCCCGAUGAUGGGCGGCCCCAUGCAGGCGGCCUCUGGCGAAGGCCCUCAGCAGAACGUGUGGGCGGCACGCAACGAUAUGCCUUAUCCCUACCAGAACCGGCAGGGCCCCGGCGGGCCCGCACAGGCACCUCCCUACCCCGGCGUGAGCCGCACCGAUGAUAUGAUGGUGCCCGACCAGAGGAUCAACCACGAGAGCCAGUGGCCUUCCCACGUCAGCCAGCGUCAGCCUUACAUGCCGUCGUCAGCCUCCAUGCAGCCCAUCACGCGACCACCUCAGUCAUCCUACCAGACGCCUCCGUCACUGCCAAACCACAUCUCCAGGGCGCCCAGCCCCGCGUCCUUCCAGCGCUCCCUGGAGAACCGCAUGUCGCCAAGCAAGUCUCCCUUUCUGCCCUCUAUGAAGAUGCAGAAGGUCAUGCCCGCGGUGCCCACGCCGCAGGUCACAGGGCCACCUUCCCAGCCACCCCCCAUCCGAAGGGAGAUCACGUUUCCUCCCGGUUCCGUAGAAGCAUCACAGCCAGUCCUGAAACAAAGGCGAAAGAUUACCUCAAAAGACAUUGUAACUCCAGAGGCAUGGCGUGUGAUGAUGUCCCUCAAGUCAGGUCUCUUGGCUGAAAGCACCUGGGCUUUAGACACUAUUAACAUUCUCCUGUAUGAUGACAGCACUGUUGCCACCUUCAAUCUCUCCCAGUUGUCGGGAUUUCUCGAGCUGCUGGUAGAGUACUUUAGAAAAUGCCUCAUCGACAUCUUUGGAAUUCUCAUGGAAUAUGAAGUGGGAGACCCCAGCCAAAAAGCACUUGAUCACGCUGCAGUGAGGAGAGAUGAGAGCCAGCCCUCGGCAGACGACCCUGGGAGAGAGGCAGACGACGCUGGAGAGAGCGAGGACGAGGACGAGGACGAGGAGGAGGAGGAGGAGGAGGAGGAAGGCGGCGAGAGGUUAGAAGCCGAUGACAAGAGCACUGUGGCUUUCACCUCUCCCGAUGCCACUGCCGACCCAAAGGAGAAGCCCAAGCAAGCGAGCAGGUUCGACAGGCUGCCCAUAAAGAUUGUCAAGAAGAACAACCUGUUUGUGGUUGACCGCUCCGACAGGCUGGGCCGCGUGCAAGAGUUCAACAGCGGCCUCCUGCACUGGCAGCUGGGGGGCGGGGACACCACCGAGCACAUCCAGACGCACUUCGAGAGCAAGAUGGAGAUCCCGCCCCGCCGGCGCCCACCGCCCGCUCUGAGCUCAGCGAGCAGAAAGAAGGAGCAGGGUGGGACGGGGGACGCCGAGGAGCACCAGGAGAAAAGCAUCAUCGCCACCAUCGACGACGUGCUGUCGGCCCGGCCGGGGGCCCUGCCCGAGGACGCCCACCCCGGGACCCAGGCCGACAGCAGCAAGUUCCCCUUCGGCAUCCAUCAGGCCAGGAGCCACCGCAACAUCAAGCUGCUGGAGGACGAGCCGCGGAGCCGCGACGAGACACCCCUGUGCACCAUCGCGCACUGGCAGGACUCGCUGGCCAAGCGCUGCAUCUGCGUGUCCAACAUCGUCCGGAGCUUGUCCUUUGUGCCUGGCAAUGACGCCGAGAUGUCCAAACAUCCGGGCUUGGUGCUGAUCCUGGGGAAGCUGAUCCUUCUCCACCACGAACACCCCGAGAGGAAGCGAGCCCCGCAGACCUACGAGAAGGAGGAAGACGAGGACAAGGGGCUGGCCUGCAGCAAGGACGAGUGGUGGUGGGACUGCCUCGAGGUGCUGAGGGACAACACGCUGGUCACGCUGGCCAACAUUUCCGGGCAGCUGGACUUGUCUGCUUACACGGAAAGCAUCUGCUUGCCAAUCUUGGACGGCUUGUUGCACUGGAUGGUGUGCCCGUCCGCAGAGGCGCAAGACCCCUUCCCGACCGUGGGGCCCAACUCGGUCCUGUCGCCUCAGAGACUUGUGCUGGAGACCCUCUGUAAACUCAGCAUCCAGGACAACAACGUGGACCUCAUCCUGGCCACACCUCCGUUCAGUCGCCAGGAGAAAUUCUAUGCUACGUUAGUUAGGUACGUUGGGGAUCGCAAGAACCCAGUCUGUCGAGAAAUGUCCAUGGCGCUUUUAUCGAACCUCGCCCAAGGGGACGCGUUAGCAGCCAGGGCGAUAGCUGUGCAGAAGGGAAGCAUUGGGAACUUGAUAAGCUUCCUGGAGGACGGGGUCACGAUGGCCCAGUACCAGCAGAGCCAGCACAGCCUCGUGCACAUGCAGACCGCCCCCCUGGAGCCACCUAGCGUGGACAUGAUGUGCAGGGCAGCCAAGGCAUUGCUGGCCAUGGCCAGAGUGGACGAAAACCGCUCCGAGUUCCUCUUGCACGAGGGUCGGUUGCUGGAUAUCUCCAUAUCGGCAGUCCUGAACUCGCUGGUGGCGUCUGUCGUCUGUGACGUACUGUUUCAGAUUGGGCAGUUAUGACCCAAGUGAUCAGCAAGCCUGUGUGAGUGAAGAGUGGAGGGUCACAUAGGACUGGCUGUGUUCUGUUCUUGUUUAUCCAGCGUAGGAAGAAGGAAAAGAAAGUCUUUGCUCCUGUGCCCCGUUCACUAUUUACCAAUUGGGAAUUAAAGAAAUGAUUAAUUCGAACAGUUACGAAAUU